AAACUAGAUUCGUGGCAAAAUCAUAAGCAUUCGUUAAUUUCCAUUUAUUCCACUAAAAUCCACUUCUCUGAUACUUUUGCUGCAAUAAUUAAUUCCAACAUCCACCGCCACGUGCAGUUCUCUCACAGUCUACAGCCAGAGCCUUCUUCUUCUUCUUCUACAAAAAUCAGCGCUUGACACUAAUCAGUACUCACUGUUCAAAUUUCAAACACUAACAUUGAUUAUGGAAUUGGCAACCUCAGUUAGUUCAAUCUCUACAAACAAGCUUCCUCUAAUUAGCUCUUUCAAGUGCCGUCCAGUUCUCUCUCCAUGGAUUUCUACACACAGAAUUAAAAAGAGUUCGUUUACGAAACUGGUUUCAAAUGGGUAUGUCGGUAGAAGUAGCAGUAACAGCUUUACAUACAACGCUACUAACAACAAUAGGAACAAGAAAAUAUACACUAGCAUAGACUCAUGUUUAGCGAUUCCUCCACCUAAAGGUAAAAACACGCGUGCUAUUAUCAAGUUCUUGGGCGGUGCGUUCAUCGGAGCUGUCCCUGAAGUCACCUAUGGUUACCUAAUAGAGUUAUUGGCAAAGGAAGGGUUUCUUAUCAUUUUGGUGCCUUAUAAUGUGACAUUUGAUCAUGCUCAUGCUGCUAAUCAAGUUUAUGAGAGGUUUAACACUUGCUUGGAUUUAAUACUAACAUCAGGAUUGCCUGAUGCCGAUUUAACGGCUGCCCAGCUCGUUGGCCUUCCUAUUUUUUCAGUUGGUCAUAGCAAUGGUGCACUUCUCCAAGUUCUUACAGGAAGUUAUUUCUGUGACAAUAUACCAAAGGCUAAUGUCAUAAUCUCAUUCAACAACAGGCCUGCUACGGAGGCAGUUCCAUAUUUUGAGCAGUUUGGUCCACUCGUUAAUCAGAUGAUGCCAAUUGUGGAGGCAUCCCCAAUGUAUUCAAUGGCUAGGAGUGCCUCAGGAGAUGCAUGGAGAAUGCUAAUUGAUGCUGCUGGAGCAAUAAUACCAGAAAGUGAACAAGAAGCCCUUACCUCAUUGACCAAAUUUGUUGAUCAGUUGCCCUCGGUACUGAAUCAGGUCACACAGGGGGUGUCAGAGUUCAAGCCCAAACCUUCUGAAAAUCGUGAUUGCUGUAGGAACUCCUACAAUGUCCAACACACCCUACUGGUGAAGUUCAAUUCUGAUACAAUUGAUGAGACAGAUCUUCUUGAAGAGACCUUGAAGCCUCGUGUUGAAUCCAUAGGUGGGACAAUUGAAAAGGUCCAAUUAAGUGGCAACCAUCUCACACCAUGUGUACAGGAACCGAGAUGGCAAGUAGGUUAUGUGUAUACUCCCGCAGAUGCCAUUGCUCAAGUACUUAAGACUCUUGCAUUGAAUGAGACUAGAGCUCUCUCCAGAACCAUUGUCGACUGGUUCAGACGUUUUGAAGAUUAAAAUGAAACAAAUGAGUAACUGUAGAGUAAAGCAACUGGAAACUUUCAAAGAAAAAUUGCGACCCGCAAAAUAACAUUGCAGGAUUUCUCUCGUGGCAGUAAAGAAAAACAAACAAGAUAUAUCUGUUCUCAAUGUAUUUAUGUAAGUUCUCUGAUUUAAGCAGAAGCUGCCUGCACUUUUUCAAUGAGAUCUGCAGCGUCUUGAACAGUGACAAUGUUCUCAGCUCCCCCUUCUCCGAUCGAGACCCCAAAUUGUUCUUCCAAAGCCAUCAUUAUUUCCACCUGUGAUAUUUCAAUUGUAAGUUUUAUAUAAGUCUGUUCAGCUUCUAAUGUGAAAAUAUGUAAACCAUUUUUCUGCUUC